AUGGCUGAGGUCGCCGCGCCGAACUUGGAGUAUUUGGAGUCGUCCUUAUACGGCGUACUUCAUGAGGUGCCCGAGCUCCAAAGGUACAGCAAGCUCCGCCUCCUGCGCAUUUUCCUUGACUUUUCCACCGAAUAUUGGCGUAGGGUGGGGCUUGGAGCCGAGACUUGGGGCGACGAUGAUGUGGCCUUCGCGUUCAAUUCUCUCCCCUCUCUUGAGUACAUCGACAUCCGCAUACCGUCUACGCCAAUGCCUUCAGAGUAUUACCGCUUCAAGAGAGGAGCAGCGCCAGAGAAGAUUCGCUCGGCCUUACCCGUAGCGAGGUACCAUGACGAAUGGUGGCAUGAUUGGGAGAAAGACUGCAGUAUCGUCUCUUUUGACCCCACCGAUCAUCGAGCGGGAUACCGGGGUGACUCCUUCUAA